UUCUGGUCCGCCGCGGAGGGAGCAGGAGGCCGAGCGCCCCAGGCAGCCGGAGCCGCCACCCCCCUCCCCCCGCCGGGCCUGGGAGCCCCGUCCCCGCAGGUUCCCCGAGUCAGCCGAGAUGGCGCAAUGGAAUCAGCUGCAGCAGCUGGACACGCGGUACCUGGAGCAGCUGCAUCAGCUCUAUAGCGACAGCUUCCCCAUGGAGCUCAGGCAGUUCCUGGCCCCCUGGAUCGAAAGCCAGGACUGGGCGUACGCUGCCAGCAAGGAGUCCCACGCCACGCUGGUGUUCCACAACCUGCUGGGAGAGAUAGAUCAGCAGUACAGCCGCUUCCUGCAGGAAUCCAACGUCCUCUACCAGCACAACCUGCGCAGGAUCAAACAGUUCCUGCAGAGCAGGUACCUGGAAAAGCCAAUGGAAAUCGCCCGGAUUGUGGCUCGGUGUCUCUGGGAAGAAACUCGCUUGCUCCAGACAGCUGCAACCGCGGCCCAGCAAGGCGGGCAGGCGUCCCACCCCACGGCCGCCGUGGUGACGGAGAAGCAGCAGAUGCUGGAGCAGCAUCUACAGGACGUGAGGAAGCGAGUUCAGGAUCUGGAGCAAAAGAUGAAGGUGGUGGAGAAUCUCCAGGACGACUUCGACUUCAACUACAAGACGCUGAAAAGCCAAGGAGAUAUGCAGGAUCUGAACGGAAACAAUCAGUCUGUGACGCGGCAAAAGAUGCAGCAGCUGGAACAGAUGCUGACCGCGCUGGACCAAAUGCGCAGAGGGAUUGUGAGCGAACUGGCCGGGCUGCUGUCGGCCAUGGAGUACGUGCAGAAGACACUGGCAGACGAGGAACUGGCUGACUGGAAGAGAAGGCAGCAAAUCGCCUGUAUCGGGGGCCCUCCCAACAUCUGCCUGGAUCGCCUGGAAAACUGGAUCACGUCCCUCGCGGAGUCCCAGCUUCAGACACGGCAGCAGAUCAAGAAGCUAGAGGAGCUGCAGCAGAAAGUCUCCUACAAGGGCGACCCGAUCGUCCAGCACCGGCCCAUGUUGGAGGAGAGGAUCGUGGAGCUGUUCAGGAAUCUAAUGAAAAGCGCCUUCGUGGUGGAGAGGCAGCCCUGCAUGCCCAUGCACCCGGAUCGCCCCCUGGUCAUCAAAACCGGCGUGCAGUUCACCACCAAAGUCAGGUUACUCGUCAAGUUCCCUGAGCUGAACUACCAACUGAAGAUUAAAGUUUGCAUUGACAAGGACUCUGGUGAGGUUGCCGCGCUCCGGGGGUCCCGGAAGUUUAACAUCCUGGGAACGAACACCAAGGUCAUGAACAUGGAGGAGUCGAACAACGGCAGCCUGUCGGCGGAGUUCAAGCACCUGACACUGCGGGAGCAGAGGUGCGGCAACGGGGGCAGAGCCAACUGCGACGCCUCCCUGAUCGUCACGGAGGAGCUGCACCUCAUCACCUUCGAGACCGAGGUCUAUCACCAGGGCCUGAAAAUCGACCUGGAGACCCACUCGCUGCCCGUCGUGGUCAUCUCCAACAUCUGCCAGAUGCCCAACGCCUGGGCGUCCAUCCUGUGGUACAACAUGCUGACAAACAACCCCAAGAACGUGAACUUCUUCACCAAGCCCCCGAUCGGCACGUGGGACCAGGUGGCCGAGGUUCUGAGCUGGCAGUUCUCCUCCACCACCAAGCGGGGGCUCAGCAUCGAACAGCUGACCACGCUGGCCGAGAAACUCCUAGGGCCAGGCGUCAACUACUCCGGCUGCCAGAUCACGUGGGCCAAGUUCUGCAAGGAAAACAUGGCCAGCAAAGGGUUUUCCUUCUGGGUCUGGCUGGACAACAUCAUCGACCUGGUGAAGAAAUACAUCCUGGCGCUGUGGAACGAAGGGUACAUCAUGGGGUUCAUCAGCAAGGAGCGGGAGCGCGCCAUCCUGAGCACCAAGCCGCCAGGCACCUUCCUGCUGCGGUUCAGCGAGAGCAGCAAGGAGGGGGGCAUCACCUUCACCUGGGUGGAGAAGGACAUCAGUGGGAAAACCCAGAUCCAGUCCGUGGAGCCGUACACCAAGCAGCAGCUCAACAGCAUGUCGUUCGCGGAAAUCAUCAUGGGCUACAAAAUCAUGGAUGCCACCAACAUCCUGGUCUCGCCCCUGGUCUACCUGUACCCAGACAUCCCCAAGGAGGAAGCCUUUGGCAAAUACUGUCGCCCGGAGAGCCAGGAGCACCCCGAAGCUACGGACUCAGGCACUGCGCCGUACCUGAAGACCAAGUUCAUCUGUGUCACCCCAACGACCUGCAGCAACACCAUCGACCUGCCCAUGUCCCCGCGCACGCUGGACUCGCUCAUGCAGUUUGGUAAUAACAGCGAGGGAGCGGAGGCCAAUGCAGGAGGCCAGUUUGAGUCUCUGACCUUCGACAUGGAGCUGACUCCGGAGUGUGCUGCCUCGCCCAUGUGAGGGCCACGCGCCCGGCUCCGCGUCUCGACAACUCUCGCUUCCCGGCUCCAAGUCAUUCCCUCGUCCUGCUAGGUCAUGCGUUCGCUCCGUGCCCCAGAGCAUUCCCAGGCUGCUCCCUGGGGAGAGACGUCGGCCUGGGGGGUCCCGAUCAGCUCAUGGCCGUCUAACCGGAGCACCCAGCCGGCGCUCGGAGGUGGUGCCGGGGGGCUGGGGGGAGGGAACCUUUUUUUCUAUUUCCUUCCAUAACAAACGUUUUCUGCUCGAUCAAGUGCCUGUUAGCAUCUGAUUGCCGCCUCCAUGCGUGCAAAGCGCUUUCCAGACCUCCUGCGGCGCUGCCAGACGCCCCUUUCCCAGCUCGUCCCUCGCUAACGUCUAAAUCCCCCCAGGAUUUCAACGAACAGCCGCUUCUUUGAGGCAGCCGGGAAAGGAGCCUGGGAACCCGGCAGUCCUAACACCAAGAGCUUUAGCUAGUCGGCGUAGGGGUGAGGAGUGCAGAGAACGCGCCGGGCUGAUCUGACUCGGGCACCAGCCCGCGUCCAACGAAGGGGCUGCCAAGCGACUUCCCCCUACAGGCAGGUUAUUCCAGAGUGGUUGUGCCUCCCGGGAGGCACUUGGUUCUGGGCUCCAGGAAAGGCCGGAGGCUGGGCUGGCCGGGCCGGGCCGUCAGCCCAGGUGCUGGGGUAACAGGUGGCCCGACCGAUCUGUCUCCAACGUGGGGAGCGGUUGUCCUGGCCCCUGAGCUGGAGUCAGACGCGAAUGGCGCGGUUCAGCUCCUUGCCCGUCUGCCAGGGCUCAGGUUAGACCCAGCAUGGGCGACGAGCAAGCCAGACGCCCGCCUCCCCCUCCAGGCAGCCCCCUGGAAAUCGGCCUGCCCUGUGUGCCGGGGCUGCGGGGGGGAUCUCCAGCGAGCAAGACAAUCGUUCUCCCCUGGCGCACCAGAUCCACAUACUGGCUGCCGUCCCCAUGCUCCCUGAUCCCACGCAGCUGGGUCCUUCCUCCAGGUGGUCACUGCAGUGACAGUGGGGUGCCCUCGGUUACCGAUCCGCUCUCUGGUGUAACCCGACUGCCCCCCAUCCCUGCCCCGGCUGCUGGGCCCCGAAUCAAACGCAGUGUCCUUGGCGCUCUCCAGCCAGAGUUGAAACCCCACAGACCUGCAGGGCCUGCCAGCCCCAGCCCCGUCGGGCUGAGAGCAGAAACACACAGUGGCAGGCGCUGGACACACUUCGUUUCAGUCUGAGGUGGUUUUUUCAGCGAUAAGCUAGCAGGCUGGAUGGCCUAGGAGAGUCAGCAGCCACCUCCCAGCCAGCGGUGCAGGGUGAGGGCUGCAGGAGGAAAGCUAACGACUCUUCUAGCCUCUGCCGGAAACGUGCCAAAUGGCCAGCAAAGUGUUGUGGGUCAGAGAAGGUGGAUCUCCUCCGUGGAGCCUGGGUCGCCCUGCAGCUAGGCAGGGCGACUGUAUGAAGCCAUUACACACAGACAGUUCUACGCUGUACGUAACCAAGCGCCAUGCUUUGAAUGUCUCAGGCUUAAUGGAUCACAGUAUUGAAGCAGCACGCGCUGCUGGUGGGCGAGGGGAGUGGGGGUGCAGAGCAAGAGCCGUCUGCAUUUUCCAGUGUGGUCUAAACCCAGGCUUCUAGACACUUGUGGGUGUUUCCUUUUCUUAACCCAGAAGCCUGGAGAAGCCCUAGGCCAGGGCGGCAGCAAGCGCCCGUGCUGAGCUGCUGCUCCAGGCCCUACUCCAUGGGCAGCCUUCGCACGGGGCUAGCGCUUUGCACUAGUGCACUGCGUGGGCUCACGCUCCCCGAACUGGCCCUUUGGUGCAGACCUAGGUGCUCAGAUGAGGUGAAUACUGUUUGCUGACCCGGGUUUAUUUCUUAACACACUAGCCGCCUCCUUCCACCACCACCUCCCCGCCUGCCUCUCUGCUUCUCCAUCAUCCAGCCGCCUCGGGCCUAUACGUCCCCUAGUGACGCUCAAUACUGUAAAGAUUUUAUUUUUUGUAUAUUUUAUUGCUGUAUUUACAGGCUUUAACUUUCUCCUAAAUAAAGGUGCUAAAGCAAC